CAUUCACACACUCACAGAGGCCUGUACAAAGACAGUUCUGUUUUCCACUGAAAGUGAAAGCAGUGUGUGACGACAACAUGUGAAACCUUCACAUGGCUCUGUUGAAAAGUAGAGCGGCAUUCUUAGAUCGAUGGAGUUCGCCUGCAGUCACGUUGUGUGUAACUGGAGGCCUGAAGGAGCCGGUGCUGCAAGAUCCUGGCCAGACAGCGACUACAGAGUGGCUGUCAAACUGCACAACGACGACGCUCCUCCGCCGCUGCCUCCCCGCCGCCUGAAGAAGCCCAAGCCUUCGUCCCUCCCUCCUCCUCUUCCUCCCUCCUCCGGUCCUCCUCCCGUCCCUCCACGGCUGGACAAACAGGAAGCGGCGGGCAGCUUGAGCGCCAACGUGAAUGUGGUCUCGCUCAGUGUGGGGAAGAUGGUGGAUGUCGGCGGCGACUCGGCCCCGGAGACGUCGGUGAGCCCGGUGCUCUGUGGGAAGUGCGGCGCGGCGCUGUCGUGCGUGAGCUCGGUGGUGAGAAAUGUCUGGCCCUGCGAGUUCUGCGGGAGCAGGAACGGCGUGGACGGCGGCGCCUGCCGGGCCGGCGGCGGGCGGCGCCGCGGCGACGACCUCUACCUGCCGGUGCAGAGCGACAACGACUACCAGAACCUGGAGGACACCAUGGUGGUCUUCUGCGUGGACAUUUCCGGCAGCAUGAGUGUCACGGCAGAGGUCACGUCAGACGGCGGCUCUGCGGUCUACAAGUCCAGACUAGAGGGAGUCCAGGACGCCCUGCAGAGGGCGCUGUCCAGCAUGCUGCAGCAGACUCCGCACAGGAGAGUCGCCCUGGUCACCUUUAAUGAUGAGGUGGUCCUGUACGGCGACGGGACCCGGACCCCCCUGACCCUCAGGGACUGGGCCUUGGUGGACUACGACCACAUAUGGCAGCAGGGCGUGUCGUACAGCGUCCCCCACUGCAUCGCGGAGACGUUCCCCCACCUGGCCCGCCGGGUCUCCGAGCUCAGGGAACACGGAGCCACGUCUCUGGGCCCGGCGGCACUGGCCUCGGUCGCCAUGGCGUCCAGGUACCCGGGGUCAAAGGUCGUACUGUGCACCGACGGAAAAGCCAACAUCGGGCUGGGCGAGAUGGAACAGACCACCUCUCCGUCUCCUCUCACUAAUUAUUUCUACAAACAGCUGGCUCUGCAGGCCCUGGACAGAGGGGUGAUCAUCUCUGUGAUGAGCUUCGAGGGGACGGACUGCCGCCUGGCAGACAUCGGCAGGCUGGCCGACACCACGGGAGGAAAAGUGAACAUCGUCAGCAUCGGCACGGUGGCCACAGAGAUCCAGUCCAUCUCCGUCGAUAACGUCCUGGCAACGGGCGUCAAAGCGACCGUCAUCUCUGCUGAAGGAGUAUAUUUUCCAUAUGAGGAUCAGGACAGUCACAGAUUGGAACGAGAGAUUGGAAAUGUAACCAGCGGCCUUGAAAUCACCUUCCAGUUCGCUGUGAAGCCACAGUUUGUGAAUGAUUUUCUUCAGAGGGACCAACUUCCCUUUCAGGUGCAGCUGAGCUUCAAGACCAGAGACCAGGAGCGAGUCACUCGAGUCAUUACUGAGCAGCGGCCGGUGACGGUCAGCAGUCAGAUUCAGGCCAACAGGCUCAACAUGGCGGUGCUUGGCGUUCACUGCGCUCAGCUCUGUGCCAGUCUCACCAUGAACGGACGAGUGCAGGAGGCACAGAAACAACUGAAAGCGCACCAAGACCUGAUGGAACAAGUCAGUAAACUGAGGCCAAUGGAAAAAGAGGAGAGUAUCUACAGUAACUGGAUGGACACGAUGACGAUUAUCUGUGACGACAUCAACACUGAAUCCCAGACUCUCUCUGAUGAAGCGGCGAAGGUGGUGUACCAGAUGAAGAGAGCCAGGAGUGUCAACUACAGCAACAAAACUGCGAUGGGAAGGAAAACAUGAUGCUUGCCUUGGGGAUUAUGUAAAAAAACAAAACAAAACAAAAAUUCUCAUUUCUCAUGUGGUUGUGGAGAUGAAUCAUUAAAUGUGGAUAAACAGACCAACAACACCAUUUCAGAUUUUAAUUUGAUAGAAAUAGUAAUAAAUAUAACAUGAUGACUGAAGUGUGUCACCACCUGUAACUGGUUUCAGCCAAUAAAUGUAGAAUUUUAAUGUAUUAAAUUGAAGGGUUUUUUUAAGGACUCUUUAAAAGAAGUAUUUCCAAUGGUUUCUAUAAUAAAGCAUCUUGUUUAUUUAA